UCCGCCUCGGUGGGGAUCCUUUAGGGGCGAUGGCCCCACGCGGCUGGCCGGGCUCCCUUCUCCACCUCCUUCUCUGCUGGUCUGUAUAUGGAAUGGUACCAGAGCCUAAAAAUUUACGCCUUCAUUCUGUCAUGUUUGAUAGUGUUCUCGAAUGGGACCCACCCGAUUUUCACAAAGAAAACCUGGUUUACACGGUUCAGUACAAAACAAAAAUUAGUGAUGUAUUCAUUGAUUUGUGCCGAAGAAUUGUCUCCACAAAGUGUAAUGUGUCACAUAUACCUGCAUAUAGUUCAUCCACUAUACAAGUCAGAACUGAAUUUGAGAAUGAAUACUCGAAUUGGGAGAAUGUCAGCUUUACACCAUACAGAGAAACACGUAUUGGGCCACCUGCUAUACAAGUUGAAGCCACAAAACCUGGAGUUCUGAAUGUACAGCUCAUAGAACCUAGCUUUACACUCAAUGAUGGAAACCGUUCCUUGAAGGAAUUCUAUGGUAUUGUAAUUUACAGGAUUUUAAUCUGGAAAAAAUACCAUAAUACUGAACAGGUUCAAGAAGUAAAUACAACUGACACUUUCCAAGUAAUACGUGACUUGGAUCCUAUGACAACAUAUUGUCUCAAGGCUCAAGCAUUUAUUGCGGAGUUGUAUAAAGAUGGACAGUGGAGUGAACCCAUUUGUACCAAUACAACUGACACAGGUUUACAUCCAGGAUUACUGACUGUUACCAUACUGUUAGUGUUGAUAUCAUUUCCUUUCUUCUCCCUAAUAAUUUUUUACAUGUAUCGAUGGAUCAAAUAUACAUUUUUUCCUUCAUAUUCCUUGCCACAGCAUUUCAAAGAGUUUUUAAGCAAACCUUCAUAUGGUUCACAGUUUCUUAUGUCUCACUCACAAGAAGAAGAGCACGCCUAUAACAAGAUAAUUGUUCUCUCUGAGGAGUCAAAAAAUGAUGCUAGUGAAUGUGAGAUACAAUUGAGCAAUGCAGAACAGCACCUUGAACAAUCCCAGGAGGAAAACUAUAAGCCUAAAGAAGAUUCAGGCUGUAUAUCUUUGAUACACACUUAAAUCAAGAAGGAAUAAUAUACGGCUCUUUUGGGCUCUUGGUUGCAAAGCAGGACAUUCCACAGAUGAACCCCACUUGCCGU